CAACUGCAUCUACGUGGCUCUAAGAAGUUCCCGCUAGAUCGAAAGUAACUACCAAAGUGGGGAGUCCUUGAAAGAUGAACGGUUCUGAAAACAACUUAAAUCUUCAUUUUCUGAAACACUGCAAAACUUCUUCUUCUUUCCCUAAAAAUUAAAUUAUUUUUGUAUCCGAUAUGUGAGAUGAAGAAAAUUCGAGAUACCCACAUAAAUAUCAUAGCUAAGGAUGAUGCUAACAAUAAUAUUAAGGAAGGUGAUUGUAAGAUAAACAGAAAGAAUUAUUAUGAACUAUCUUUGUCUUUGAUGUUCUCUCUCUGGUGUUUUGUAUUUUUGUUCUACUCUCGAUUUGGUCAUAGCCAUGAAAAUGGAGAUCCUAACUUCUCCAUUCGGGAAAAAAACAAACUAGAAGAGAUAGUAUGGAGUUUUCUAGGUAAUUAUUCAGCCAUAGAGUGCAAGACUCAUCCACAAGUGCAACAAGACAAUGCUAGUAAAAUAGUGCAAGAACAGAAUAAUGAUAGAGCUUCUAGAUCAACUUAUCUUGGUCUCGAUGAAUUCCGGACCAAAGCAAUGCAAGGAAAAGUAGAAGAAGUAGAUUGUCAGCUUGGAAACAUUACCCAUCGGCUUGAGCCUGAUGGAACAGAGUACAACUACGCAUCUGCUUCUAAGGGAGCGAAAGUCUUAGGUCAUAACAAAGAAACAAAAGGUGCAAGUAAUAUCCUUGGGAAGGAUCAAGAUAAAUAUUUACGAAAUCCAUGUUCUGUCGGAGAUAAAUUUGUUGUCAUCGAGCUCUCAGAAGAAACACUUGUUGAUGCAAUCAAGAUAGCUAAUUUCGAGCACCAUUCUUCUAAUUUCAAGGAUUUUGAAUUUUCCGGUAGUUUGACAUAUCCGACGGAGACAUGGACUCCACUAGGGAAAUUUGUAGCUGCAAACGUCAAACAUGCGCAGAGGUUCAUGCUGACUGAACCCAAAUGGGUAAGGUACUUGAGGUUGAAGUUGCUUAGUCACUAUGGGUCAGAGUUCUAUUGUACGUUGAGUAUAUUAGAGGUUUAUGGCAUUGAUGCAAUCGAGAGGAUGCUUGAAGAUCUCAUUGUGGUUUCCCAAGGGACAGUCCCUAACCAAUCUACGGAUCCCAAAUUGUCAGGAAAUCCAUCCUUGGGACCGGAAGAGGGUUCAUUUGAUAACGAGCGAUCUAUUCAAGUUUCUAAUGGGCUUGGUUAUUCUAGUAAAGGUAACGAAAAGGUCGAGGAAGAGCAAAAGGACUACAAGGAGAGCGGCAAAACUGCACCCUUGAAAAAAAUGGUCUCUAAUCAUGUAACCGAAGUUAGGCAGCCAAAUGGGAGAGUGCCUGGUGAUACCGUUCUAAAGAUCUUAAUGCAAAAGGUUAGGUCAUUAGAGGUGAACUUAUCAGUUCUACAAGAGUAUAUCAAAGAACUUAAUAGGAGGAAUGAGGAUGUUUUGCCCGAGCUUGAAAAGGAGUUAACCCGGAGUUCUUUGCUUCUGGAGAAAGCGAAGUUCGAAAUCAGAGUUCUAACCGACUGGAAAGAGGCUACGGAGAGAGCACAUAUUGAUCUGGACUCGUGGAAAUCUGUCGUAACAUCUCAAGUAGAUAUAUUAGUCAGAGAAAAUGCCAUGCUCAGAUUGGACGUUGAAAGGGUUUUAAAAGAUCAAGCAAGUUUAGCAAACAAAGAAGUUGCCGUGCUAGCAGUGAGUUUUUUCUUUGCGUGUGUCGCAGUUCUCAGGCUAGUUUCUGAGCAAGUCUUAAUGUAUUUUAGUGACUUCAAUAAUAAGUCUCGCUCAAUUCGCAGAGCAAGUUCAGGCUGGGUUUUAAUUUUAGUUAGCAGUAGUUUAACGACAUUCAUCACCUUACUCUACAGCUAAAAUUCCAUCUCUUUAUAAUUAAUAGUCGGCUGUACUCAGCUUGUGACAUACCUUUGUGAGGUUUAUUUAGUCAAAUCUCAGUGUCAGUGAGUGAUUGAAAACAUGUUGGUCUCGGUGUAACUCUGCUGAUAAGAUCAAAUGAAGCAAUUUUAGAGAGACCCAAAAAAA